AUGAUGGAGAAGACGCGAGUGCAAUUCAGAGUGAGGGUGACGCGACUAAAACUUUGGGAAAAAGUGCUAGUAUGUGGAUGUGAUGCAUCACUUGGAGAUUGGGAUCCAGUGAAAGCUUUUCCGCUUACGAAAAGCGCUACAGACAGCGACGUCUGGGUAGGUGCUACUGAAAUUACCACCCCCUUAGAAGAUCUAAAAUAUCGAUAUAUGGUUGGCUAUUAUUUGGAUCCAUGCUUAGAAGAUAGCAAGCAUCUGCUCAUAUUACACAGGUGGGAGUCAUUUUUGCUACCGCGGUCGAUGUCGAAUGCUUCAAAUUCGGAGGAGGAUGUUUUCGGAAACUAUGCUGGUAGUUGCUUAGUAUCAGAUGGAUGGAUUAUGCACAAUGAAGAAAAUGUCGUACUUCUCCGAGUUCAUAGCGAGGCAUUGAAAUUUUAUAAGAAUACCCACAGAGGGAAAGAGCAUCGAAUAAAAGUUGUACCAUUCGACGUGCGCUUCAAAGAGAUCUAUUCAUACGAGGACCGUCAUACACGUAAGGGCAUGCUGUGGAGGGCAUCCUCUGUCUACCAAAACACUCAAGAAAGUGUGGACGAUGACUCGUUCCCGGAUACAGAUCCUGUGCUGCCUGACGUCCCAAGUUUUUCGAACACCCAGCUAUCGGUCCUCAGUAGAGAAGAUCCUAUUUUUGGGCAACAAUAUGUCAAUGGCUCGAUCUUCCGAAAUAAAAUCGAUUACCUCAUAUUCAAAACACACACGGUCUCGUUGGAGCAUUUGGCAUUUCGAAUCGAAUUGUUCCAUGAAAUGGAUCGAAUAGGAAUUGCAUACGCUCUUCCAGCGGCACUGCCUGAUCUCUAUGGAAAAGCUACUUUCCCCAUUAUUUCGUUAAGAAAUAUCCCCAUUGGGCAAAUUGAUAUUGACUAUAUGCUGGUAAAGUCCUUGCCUAUCGAUCGUUCCAUUCGCGAUAAUGUGUUAGUCUCUUGGGGUAGGUACUGGAGGAAGCGCACUACAUUAGAAGUCGGACACAGAGGUAUGGGAAGCUCCUAUACAAAAAUGGCAGUAGCUCGAGAGAAUACGAUCCAUUCGCUAAGCGAAGCAGCAAGGAAAGGUGCUGACUAUGUCGAAUUCGACGUGCAGCUGACAAAGGAUAUGCAACCGGUGAUAUAUCACGAUUUUCACGUGAUGGUUGAAGUGGCUGGCAGAAAGCGCGAUCUUUUCGGUCAAGUAAGACAUCAUCAGUUGGCUAUAAAGGAUUUAAGCCUUGACCAGCUCCAUCUUCUUCACCUCGAACAUCCUGACGAACACCUAAAUAUGGCGUGGAGAGUGACUCCUAGUGAAGAAGAAGAGGAUGAAGAUGAUAAUAAUCCUUUUCCUCACCUAAGAAAAGUUCUCGACUCUGUAAGCAUUGAUGUAGGAUUCAAUAUAGAGAUAAAGUAUCCGAUGAAACUGAAGGAUGGAACUCAUGAAUGCCCUGCCUACAACAUGGAACGGAAUGAUUUUGUAGAUGUGAUCCUGAGAACCGUUAUAGAGUACGCUGGUAAAAGACGAGUGAUAUUUUCUAGCUUCGAUCCGGAUGUAUGCAGUUUAAUCACCCUAAAGCAACAUAUAUACCCUGUCAUGUUGUUAGUUGUCGGUCCCACUACACGUUACACACCCUUCCAGGAUAUUCGCUGUGAUUGCUCAAAACUCGCUGUAAACUUUGCUGCGGGCAAUGGACUUUUAGGUGUUAAUUUUCAUAGUGAAGAAUUACUCCAGGAUGCUACGGCUCUUCAUCGCGCUGAGCAGUUUCACUUGGUGUCAUUUGUUUGGGGCGAUGACCUCAAUGUCAAGAAAAACGUGGAAUACUUCAAAAAUCUCCAAGUCGAUGGUGUUAUCUAUGACAGGAUCGGUGAAGUGACUCCUCGACCUAACACUUUCGUUGUUGAAAACGAAUCCAGAAAAGCGCUACCAAUACGGACACCAGAAUGUAGUCGCUCACCUACUCCAGAUCUCAUCCAAGCACGUAAUAAUAUGCAACAGUUGUCUGUAUCGAAGACUUCCGCCUUCAGUGCCGUUGAAGAUCUGAAUCGAGCGAAAACAUACCUAAGUACAACGCAAAGCUGAUCUCCAUUCUGUACAAAAAUAAGACACAUUGCAUAAAGUUUCAAAUAUGGC